GUGUGUGAUCAGACUAUAAGUGUGUGCUCAGUCAAAGUCAUUGAUCCCAGCAUCAGGCAGCACAUCUGAUCUCUCCACAGGGUCACCACUUUCUCAGAUCCACACAGAGCUCAGUCAGUCUCCCUCCAUCUCCCCCCAGUCCUCCACCUGUUCCCCUGAGAUCUAACUAUUGUCCCCCAGGCAUUAAUGACAGCAUGUUGCUGCUCCACAUGUCUCAUUGUCUCACAGAGCUCUCUGAUUGGCUCACACUGUGGGAAACCUCAACCAGACCAAGACCCACACAUUCAUAUGGAGAUGUGGGACUAUAAAUAGGAGGGAUGAAACCAGCACACAUCACAUUCUCUCUACACAGACCUCUACAGCUCACACAUCCAACCAUGGCAUCUACAAUCACUGCAGCAAUGACCAAUUCUCAGGAACAUCUGACUCUGACCCACAAGCUCAGAAAACCUCUGGUGGAGAAGCUCCGCAGAGAGCGAAUUAACAGCAGCAUUGAACAGCUCAAGUCUCUCCUGGGUCCAGAGUUCCUCAAACAGCAGCCAGACUCCAAGAUGGAGAAAGCAGACAUCCUGGAGAUGACAGUUUGUGUCCUGACACACAUGCAGCAGCAGAACCAACAGCAGAGAACACUGCUCAAGGACAUCAACAAGCUGCAGCCUUCCUCUGAAAACAACCUGACAGAGGCUGACUUCUCUCCUCUCAGCUCCACAGUCCAGAGCAGCAUCACCAAAGACAAGAGUUUGCUUCCUGAGAAGACUGCAGCAGCAGCAUCAAGCUGUGAACACAGCAGUUGUGGAUCAGGGCUACUCCAGCGGUGUCAGAGAGGUGAUGAACUUCCUGUCCAAAGAGGAGGUGAAGACACAGUCCCAGAGAAGACUGUUGAACCACUUCAGCAAGCUGCAGCCUUCCUCUGAAAACAACCUGACAGAGGCUGACUUCUCUCCUCUCAGCUCCACAGUCCAGAGCAGCAUCACCAAAGACAAGAGUCCAGUCAACAGCGCCCUCUGGAGGCCGUGGUAGACACCUGCACACUGGACUUACUACCAGACAGCAUCUAAUGACCACAUUGGUCAAAGAUUACUGGACUGAAUUCUAUGAAUUUCAUGAACUUGUUCUUCUCUAUGUACAGAAGGUUGAUUUGUUCUUCAUGCAAGAUAAUACUUCCUGAGGAAACGACAGCAACAAUAUCUUUCAAGUUGAGAAAGUAAACAUGUUGUCAUGCAGCAGACAAGCUGAAUAGACCAUAUUGGUCAAAGAUUACUGGACUGAAUUCCAUGAAAUUUCAUCAACAUGUUUUUCUGUAUGUAUAGAAAGGUUUACACAUUUGUUUUUGUGUUUUGAAAACAUUUCCUGAGGAAACGACAGCAACAGUAUCUUUCAAGAUAAGAAAGAAAAAAACAGAGAGUAAACAUCUCUUCAAGUAUGUUGCAUGAACCUAAUCUGAUUGCAUCUGCAAUUAUGUUUUAGUUCUUACUGUACUUCAUGUACUGAUAAUUAUAUUAAUCAUCUAUUAUCAUUUGAUUUGUUACAAUAUUUUGUCAUUCUACACUGUUGUGUGUGUCAUUCCUUAAAAGUGAUGUGUUUUAACAUCCAAAUGUUUAUUCCUUUUCUCUGAAAGGUUUGCUUAAUAUCACUCACUUAUUACUAGUUCUUACUGUACUUCAUGUACUGGUAUUUAUAUGGUCACAAUUCUUGUUGUUUGAUUACUUUUGAUCAAAGUGAUUAAAUUAGUUUCUAAUUGAGAGACAAAUUCUAAAAAUGAAUGAAACGUUGAUCAGUUUAAUGAUUAAUCUAAUAAUCCUUUUUGUAAAAGGUUAGCUUCAUUUCACAAUCUUCUCAUUUUUUAUGCUUUAUUGUGCAUUACCUUGGUGUCACAUUAUUUAUCUGUUGAUCAGUUUGAUCAAACAUCUUUGUCUUUUUCAUGUAUAUGCUGUCAGAACUUCCCACCUGAUGUGAUUACUUUCAAAUGAUCUGUUUAAAGAUCAAUAUUUUUUAUCAUUUUACUGGAAAAAGUGACAGUGAGUUCUGUCCCCAAAUUCUGUAAGUUUUGUGUCUUUUAUAAAGACAGUUGUUCCUUUACUCUGUAUGAGUACACUGUGUCUUGUAGAAAUCUACAAGUUCUGGUUGUGAUGUAUCAUCACCUGUUGUUGGAGCUUCAUCCUUCAAGUGGCUCAUUGAGUCUUGUUCAAUAAACAAAGAAUGUCAGCAGAAAAA